CUGCUCGUUGGACAUAGGUGAACACAUAGUACUGGAGCUGGUCUCCAACACUGAGUGGGAUUUGCUUUUGGCUUGGACAGACCCUGCAGGCCGGGGGUGCAGUGGCCUUUGUGUGGGAUUUUUUUUAACCUGCUGAGUGCAUAUUUUCAUAACUCAUUAUCCUCCUUACCUGCUGCUGGCAGCGCAGGUUUUAACCAGGGCAGGACUUCCCGAAAGAGAUAAACCAGAGGAACCGGAUUCACUCUGCGGACUCAGAGGUCAUCCCACUGACCAACUGUGAGGCCAUGUACCAGGCAGCUGUCUCCAAGCAAGCAGACAACACCAUCCCCAGCGGGGUCAUGGAGGAGUCGGAGGUCUGUUCCCUGCCUGGGGGACUUGCCAGUGUGAGGAAACAAUUUGAGACCCAAGAAACUGCAACAUCACACAAUGUAACCCAGUUCCAUUUUCAUCACAGAACUGUACAGGAAAUGUCAAACUCUGAGGUGACAGUGUCAAGCAGCAGCAGGCAGGUUGUCCCAGGCAGUCAGCAGCUAAAUUUCAACCAAGAAACAAUGAUGUCAUACAGCGACAAUAACUUGGAAUCAAGUUAUGAAAACCAUCAAAAUGAAACAGAAGAGGAGUUUCCCAGGUACACUACAAAGGAGCUGAGGGAUCGCUUUGAAAGAACAAUAGAAGAGGCUGCUCCACACAAACCAAUUAAGAUUGAACGUGACAUCAAUCGAGCUAAGUGGUCCUCAAAUGCGACACAGAACAACAAAGUGACUAGUGAGGUGUAUGAAGCAUAUGCUACUGAGGCAACAGAUGACACAUUGGCUGCAGUGAUGGAUUAUGAGGACUUUCCACCCCCACCAGCUGAGGAUUCUGACUAUCUUCCACCCCCGCCUCCAGACUUACUACAAAUGCCAUCAGACAGUCAAAAUAUUCCAGCAUGCCAUUACUCACCUGAGCCUCCAGAACCAGCAAGCCCCUCCAAAUACCAACUCAACAAAGAGGCUUAUUUCAAGCAGAAGAGUACGUAUGAGCUGAAACGUCUUUACAAGCACAUUCAUCCUGAGGUUCGCAAGAAUAUUGAGAAAGAAUACUACAGUGAUUACAAUGAAACUGAGAACAACCAGUUAGAGAGCCAAGAGUAUAUGUAUGAGGAUGAUGGUGGUAGCCCGAAUGAUAUGAACGAUGAAGAAUAUGUGGAAUGGGAAGAGAUUCUCCCCGGGGAGGUGCAGGCGAUGCGUUGGAUGUUUGAAAAUAAGCCACUGGACACCAUUAAAGAUGAAACUCCUGAUGAGGACGAUGACAACAACAAAAUAACUCAACAGGAAAUCAUUUUUGGAAAAGAUGUGAGACGUACAGCUUGGAUGUUUGAAACCAAGCCAAUGGACGAGCUGAGUUCACACGAUAUCAACUCAACAGAAUAUAAAAACAAAUUCAACAAAUUUGAUAAAGGAGAUGUCCGUGCUGCGGCAUGGUUGUUUGAAACCCAAACAAUGGACACUCUGAAUAAAAUGCAUAAGGAGGAGGAUUUGACAAAAGAGAUUGUGUUCACAGAGGAAGAUGGAAAUGCAACCAUUUACAUGAUUGACAAUAAGUACAUGGAAAGCCUUGGGCACACUGAGACCAUUGACGAGAGCCACCUGCUGAGUCUGAGGUCAGUGUUAGAGGAAAUUCAUGAAGAAGUGAAAACUGUUACAAGCACUUUUGACACUCAGUUUAAAUGCAUCAUUAUGGGCCAAUCAAGCCAAAUGCUGGAGAUUAAGUCUGUGCGUAAAAUUGAAACUGAAUUGGAGAACUCCAUUGCUUCACGUUGGCUCUUCGAUACCCAACCCCUGGACACGACAAACAGAAAACCUACAUCUUUGAAGCUUGUGUGUAGUCUUUCCAUGGAGGACAGCAAUAAGGGAGACUGGGGCAGGUGGUUGUUUGAGAUUAAAACUUUAAAUUCUCUCAAUGAGUGGGAAAGCUCAAAAAUUGAGAGUAAAGAGAUCAGUGGAACUGAUGUUCGGAAGCACUGCUUAGUGUUUGAAACCCAGCCAAUGGAUUCUCUGAAGGAUGACGCCAAUGCCAGACCCCAGUCUAUUGAAGAAAUUAUCGGGGGCAAUGUUAGAUCGGCGAGACACUUUUUUGAAAGCAGUCCCCGAACAGAGAGGAAGACUGGCCUUGAGGUCGGGAAACUUCAAAAGGCAGCAGUAAAUGAAGAAACGAAAGGGGAUGUGAGACACCAAAAGUGGCGCUUUGAGAGUCAACCUCUAGAGCACAUAAGAGAGGAGAAGAAAAAGGUUACUCGCACUGUGAAUGUUGAGGACGACCUCACACAAGAGGAUGGCACAAGCUGCAGGGCAGAUGUUCGCAAGAACUGCUGGGUAUUUGAGACCCAGCCAAUGGAUACUUUAAAAGAUGAUUCAAAUUCUAUGCCUGUGACAAAAGAGCAAAUUAUUGCCGGUAAUGUGAGAUCAGCCAGACAUUAUUUUGAAACGAAUCCAACUGAGGAGCUAAAAGAGCUUGCAGAGGUAGGCAAAUUGAAGAAAACAGUAGCACUUAAUGAAGAAAAGGGUGAUGUUAGACAUCAGAAAUGGCGAUUUGAAAGCCAACCCCUGGAGCAGAUUCGAGAGGAAAAGAAGGACAUCCUCAGAACAAUUGACCUGGAAGAAAUUGAUAAAGUAGACGUCUCAAACUACAAGCAAAUCUUUGAGAGCACAGAUUUAAACAGGAGGGAUGAAUCUCAAAAGAUUCUCAUAGAGGGUGUAACAUCUGGUUCUGUGCAAUCAAAUAAAAACCUGUUUGAGUGUACUUCACUGUAUGCCAUGCAAGACAGCUCAGGGCACUUCCAUGAGGUGAAAACAGUGCGCCGUGAAGAGGUUGUGAAAGGAGAUGUAACAACUUGCAAGUGGAUGUUUGAAACACGACCAAUUGACCAGUUUGAUGAAAGCAUUGAUAAAUACCAAAUUAUCAAGGGCAUAUCCAAACAAGAAAUAGAGUCAGGUGAUGUUAAAACUGCAAAGUGGUUGUUUGAAACACAGCCUCUUGAUGCUAUUAAGUACUUCAGCAAUGUUGAAGAUGAGGAAGUGGUAACGAGUAAAGAUAUUGACACCAUGAGGGGUGAUGUGAAAACCUGCAAGUGGCUAUUUGAGACAAAGCCAAUGGACAUCUUGUAUGAAAGAGUGGAGUUAAAGGGUGAAAAUGAAUCUGAAGAAAUGCAAAAGGGAGACGUUAAAACCUGCACAUGGCUUUUUGAGACACAAGCACUUGAUACUAUCCAUGAUGAGACAGAGACUGUUCUGAAAGCAUGCACUGUGAAUCAAGAAGACAUUAGAGGAAAAGAUGUAAGAACAGCUUGUUUUCUCUUUGAGACAGAGAAACUGGAGAACCUCACUGGGGAGGAGACGGGCUCUUUUAAACGUGUCACUGAGAUAGACAUUGCAUCUGGAGAUGUGUCAGGGAAGAAAUAUAUUUUUGAAAACCAAACAUGCGAUAUCAUGACUUCAACUUCUGAGGAAGUAAUGCAAACGCUCAGGAGAGCUCAGACUGAGGACAUACAAAAAGGAAAUGUGGUGAACUGCAAAUGGCGCUUUGAAAACCAAUCAAUAGAUACAAUACAUGAUACCCAAGAGGAAUCUAUGAGCAGCCGCACAGUGAAUGACGUACAAGGAGGAGAUGUUGAUAAAGGCCGUUUCAUUUUUGAGACCUACUCCUUAGAUAAAAUUCAGGAGACAUCCUCAGAGACAGACACAGAGCUGAUGAAAAUGCAAAAAAUUGUCCGUGAUGAAGAUGAGAAGGGUGAUGUUAGAAAUUACACUAUGAUGUUUGAAAACCAGCCCCUAUAUGCCAUUCAGGACAAAGAAGGACUUUACCACGAGGUCACCACUGUCACAAGUGAAGAAGUAACACGAGGAGAUGUCGUUGGAACUCGGUGGCUGUUUGAAACCAAGCCACUUGACGCUAUCAAAGACACAGAUGAGGUUUAUAUAAUUAAAUCUGUCACACAACAGGAUGAGCAAAAAGGAGAUGUCACCUCUGCCAAGUGGAAAUUUGAGACACAACCUCUUGACAGGAUUGCUGAAGAAAAGAAGGCUUUAAUAAAAACUGUGGAUGAUAUUCAAGGAGGCAAUGUCAGAAUGAACAAAGAUCGUUUUGAGUCUGAUGCCCUGUCACAGGAAUCUGUUAGAACAGUUAAUGUGAGUGAAAUACAAAAAGGAGAUGUCAGGACUGCGAAAUGGAGAUUUGAAACCCAGUCCAUUGACAAAAUAAGAAGCAUGAGCUCUGAAAAUUUGAUUGAAACAGUUAAAAAGGAGGAGGUUGAAAAGGGAGAUGUUAAAAAUUCAGUCUGGCUCUUCGAGAAAAACCCUCUUGACCACAUUAAAGAGGUAGAUGAGGACGAAGAGCAUCCAACCAUCACUCAAGAGGAGAUUUCCACAGCAGAUGUAAAGACAACAACAUGGCUCUUUGAGACGACACCCUUUGACAACUUUAAUGAGACAAAAAUGGAGAGGACUGAAAUCCUGGGAAAGAGCAUUAAGGGAACUCUUGAGGAACUUUAUAGUCAGAAAAUGGUGAAGUCGAAGGGAAUACUCAUUGAAGCUGAUGAAAUUGGCGACAUUAGGAUGGCAAAAUACCAGCUGAUGAAUAAGGAUGCUCCAGAGAUCCAACGAGAGGAAAUCAUCAGGGGAGACCUGCAGACUAUUAUGAUGAACCUGCUGAACAGACAGGAAAGAAAAGAGCAGCAGAUAGUCAUAGAAUCAGAAGAGAAGGGAAAUAUCAGCUCAACAGUGCAGCAACUAUUAAACCAAGAGAGAGACAGCAGUACUGAAAGGGAGGAAGUAUUACGUGGUGACAUUCAGGAAGCUAUAAACAAGCUUUUCAAUGAGGACGGGUCAGCAAAACAUGGAAUACUCAUCCAGGAGGACGAGAAAGGAGACGUGCAGAUGACAAUAUAUUCCCUUCUCAAUAAGCAAGAGAAUGUUAAUGUAGAAAAAGAGGACAUUGUAAGAGGGGAUAUAAAGACUGCUCUUCAAAAACUGUCCAGCUCAGACAAGUCGGAUGAAGCAGUGAAAAUAAAGGUAGAUGAUGUUGAAAAGGGUAAUGUUAACUUUUACUCCACAUGCAUUGAAUCUGGGUCUCUCGACUAUCUCAAACAGCUCCAUUUAGGACCUGAUGAGACUCCAAUUAAUACAACAGAAAAAGAUAAGAUUGUUGGAGGUGAUAUCAAGGGCACAAAACUCAUCCUUGGUCGUAACCAAACGCAAAUUGAGCGUACAGUGGAAGAUGUUAUACCUGGUGAUGUUCACAACACAGUGAAAGUUUUCAUGUCAGAGCCAAGCAAUUCAUUGGAAAGAGUCCAAAAGGAGGAGAUAGUCAAAGGUGAUUUAAGAGCUGCUUUGAAUUCAUUGUCUGUAUCAGCAAAUCAGGCAGUUGUUGUAGAGAAAGAGGAGGUAGUGAAAGGCAACAUACCGAAAGCCUUGCGGUGCUUAAAGAGGGCUCAAAAGCAGUACAAGGAGGUGAGGAAGACAGAUAUCAUACCAGGAAAUAUCAAAGGGGCUCUGAGAUCUCUCGAGAAAUCUGCAACAUCCAGAGCUGAAGCUGUUGUUGAAGAUUUAGUUGCUGGAGAUGUGAAGGCCACACUAAAAUCUCUGGAGCUGGCAAAGCAAGCAGUGAAGGAAGUUGAAAAGGAAGAAAUUGUAAGGGGUGAUAUUCGCAUAGCAAUGCAAAGUCUACAAGAUGCCUCCAGUGAGAAGAGAAAGUGUCAACAGGGAACAGAUGUUCAGGGAGACGUCAGAGGAACAAUUCAGCUCUUAAUGGAGUCUCCACCUUCCCCAAGGAUGGAAAGGAGCCCAAGCCUCGAGCGUGAAAUAAAGGGUGAUGUCAAGAUGUCAAUAAAGUCAUUGUAUGAGACGCAGGAGCAAGUCCAGCUGGAGAAAGAAGAAGUGAUAAAGGGAGAUGUUAAAGGCACUAUUAAAUCUUUGUUGGAAACAGCACAGCGCGAAACUCCUAAAGUCAAACUUGGCGCAUACAGAAGAGUUCGAGUCAAGCAGAGCCCUCCAGUUAAAAACUUAACUCUUGAUGCACAGAGGAACAUACAAAAGAUAAAAACAGCUAAUUUAACAGAAACAUCAAAAGAAAAUCACUCCAUCACUAAUGAAACUGAAAUAGUGAAAACAAAGUCUGUGGAGCAGUCUGCUCAGCAAUCAACAACCGUAGUGGAGCAUAAAACGAUUACCCAAAAUCACGGCAUCAAAACAUUAAAGACAGAGUUUCGUAAUCUAAAGUCUAACCCAAAAGGAAUGAUAAAGGUUGAUAAAACCAAAGUAAAAACUGUUUACAUCCAAAAACCACAAGUGCCAGAGCCUGAUCUGCCUCUUCCACCUCCACCUCCACCAGUGGUAGAUGCUGACCUUCCUCCUCCUCCUCCUCCCUCUGUUGAUUCUGACAUUGAUCACCUUCCUCCUCCACCACCACCACUCACCAGUGAGCAGGACUUCCUCCCGCCUCCUCCAUCUCAACAAGAACUGGAGAGCAUGCCAGCACAGGCAAUUCAUCCUUCACCGGCAAAAGCAAAAAAGAUGACGGUUAAAAAAGUAAAAGGUCCCACUUUACACCCGGUCCCGAAGCUGGAGCCUAAAGUGGAAAUCAGUAAAACCCAACAGGUGGAGGUUACAUCCGAGAAAGUGGUCAAAAUGAGCCAAAACCAAUCGAAAACAACACAUACAUCAAACACUGUCUCAUGUGAUAUCCUUCCACCACCUGAGUCACCACAACCACUAAAGAAAGUUUAUAAUUCUCCUGUUACAUUCACCCCUCCACCCUCUCCUCCGCCUUUCAUGAGAGGGCCAAUGAGUAAAUUUAAUACUGCAUUAAUAAAAUCAGAAGAAAGGUACCGGAAGCUGAAGGAGGAAAACACACCCCCAACCACUCCAACACCCACUUACAUACAUGACUCAGUCACAGCUGCUCUCGAAAUGCUUUCCACUAAAGACACAGAGCAGUCAACUAACAACACAUCAGAAUUGAAACUACAGAAAGCUGAAAAGACGGCCUUGAAUGUUCAGUCAGACUCCCGAUCAUGUGAUUUAUCCAAGCACGUUGUAGUCUCAAAUACCACCCAGAGCAAUGUCAGCGCUAGUCAUGAGAAAUUCCUCACAGAUUCAACAAUUAUAUCUUCUGCUAAACAGCAAAUCGUCUCUAAUGAGUCUUCCAAGGUUGUCUCAGUUCAAAAGACCACAUCUGUUAGACAGCAGAUGCAUACGACAACACAGAAAACAGUUUCUGUUUCCUCCAAGCAUUCAGCUCAGUCUUUCAUGGCUGACAAAGUCCAGACCUCAAUCGCUGAUGUUGAAAAAACAGAAAAUAUGAUGUCUGAUAGAAAGAAAGAUACUAAAAAUCAGAAAACAAAGGGCUCCAACAAGUCUGAAGAUAAAAAGGAAGAUGAAAUGCAUUCUGAUAAAAUUCCUGUUAAAAUAGUAAAGCUUGAAUCUGCUGUCGCUACUGAGAAGAAUGUAAAAUCAAGCAAAUCACAGGAAAACAAGAAGACAAAAGAUAACACAGAACCUGAAUUACCCAAUAACCUUCGCAAUCAGUCCCGCAAAAUAGAAAAUGUCACUUCAGACAAAAAUGUUGCAGAGUCCAAAUCACCACAGCGUGGUAACAAGAAGAAAACUGAUCAUUCUCCUACCAAGAGCCAAGAGAAAGUUUCUGGUCAGCCAGCACAAACAGAAAAGGCAGCUGCCAAUACAAGUGGAAAAACAGGCAAACAAAACCAAAAGGUGAAAAAGAACAAUAAGCAAGAAAAGCAAGUUGAAAGUGAGAAACAGACUGUUUCACAAGAUGUCAAGGUGGAAGUUAAGGCUGCUACUGAGGUGAAAGUGAUCAGUGAAUCUAAAGAAGUAAAGACAGAGUUAAAGCAGGGGAUUAAGAGUGUUACUCCCUCUCCUGCUGCUGCCUCUGCACCUGCUGUUACUGUUAGCAUAACUGACAGCCAACAAGAAACUCCAACUCCAGCAAAGAAGAAAAAGAGGUCCAAAAAGUCUAAAGGGGGUGCACAGCCAGGUCAAGGUAAAGAUAUUUUCACAGACUCAAAGACAGACAUUAUAGAAAUCAAGACAGCAACAUCUGAAAACUCCGCUCAAACUCACAAAAGUAUAAAAGAAGAGCACAUUCAAGUCAAGAGAGAAGUCAUUACCACAGAAAGCAAAGAUGAUCAGAAUUCCCAGCAUCAAAAGGCAGUUCAAAAGCAUGUUAAGGGAUCACAAAAGAAGAAAGAAGUUACUCAGCAGAGCGCAGAGGAACCACCAGUAGAAAGUAGGGAUGUCCCAAUAACAGUGACAGGCAAAUCAGAACAAAAUGAACUGGUAAAGACCACAACAGGGAGAACAGAAGAAUCUCAGAGGCAAGAGGUCCAGGUAUUAAUCUCUCACAUCACAGAGACACAAAGAGGUUCAGAAAAGACUGAUUCUGAAUCUGUAAAGACUCUGCUAAAUACAGUUACAGAUUGGGACAUGAGGCCGGAAAGGAAAUGUGAAUUGGAGGGAUUUGUUGUGGAAAGUGAAGCUCUAGAAGAUAAUGAGACAAUGGAGAAGCAUGAAUGUGAGCAGGUUUCUGAGAAAUCUGUUUCGGGAGGGGCAACACCCAGAAUAUCAAAGAUCAGUAUUGGUUCUGCAAAAAUUGAACACCAAACAAGGAAAAAGACCUCCCAUGAAAGAAGGAAAGAAGAAGUGAGUCAGAGCAAGUCUGUUGACCUUCGGGCUCCAUCGCCGUCACUUAAAAUGCGUUCUCCCUCUCCGUCGUUUAUCACCAUCGAAUCAACACGAAGAACUGACUCACCCCAGAGAGUUACUCCAUCACCUACCCUGCUGCACAGACCACCCACACCUCCCACACCGCCCCCGCGCAGGUGUGACACCCCGACAUCACGCCUCACUAGAAUCACACCUUCUCCAACUUUUGACAGGGCAGAAAACUUGGCUCGACUCAAAGACACGACCGCCAAGCUCUCACGUGGCGUCACCCCACCGCCACUGCUUCCCCAACAAAUCUCAGAGAAGAAAUCAGAGAUUGUGGAAUCGCCUGCAACAUUCCAUCGGCAAAUCAAAAUUGAGUCCCAGCUUCUGGAGGCCACAGGGGCAUUGGUUGCAACAGAAAAGCCUAAAAAGAGUGUUUCUGGGGAUGCUCAGCAGGCUGAUGUAAAUUCUGCGCAUGUAGAAGAGGAGGGUUUGAAUGCAAAUGAAAUACAGAGCACGUCUGAGACCCACAUGCCUUUGUGUCAAAAUGACCCAGAUCUUGUGGAAGCUGCAGAUAUAUCAGAGUCAUCAUCUGCAUCUGUUAGAGAAAGGAGAGAGUUUUUUGAAGAGGCUCAAAAGGCUGAAAUUAAUAAGACGUAUAUGCGAAAGGAGCCAAUUGCUAUCCCUGAACGACUGGGCCCAGACAUGGAGGAGUGUGAGACAGAAAAUAAGAACAAAGAAAAGGAUGAGCUUCCCAGGGCGGACAUGUCUAGUCUUGUAAACAAAUUCGAAUCACCAGAAGAGAAAUCAUAUUUCAGAAAAGAGCUUAUCCCACUCACAGACUGGCUUCACAAUGGCGAUGAAACCCCAGAUUGUGACAAAGAGAAAGCAGACAUUUUGGAAGAGGAAAUGCCAACUUUUGACAUUCAGGCUAUUAAAAAUGUUUUUGAACUGGGUGAGGAAAGUUUCUCAUUCAGAGAGGAGAAAAAGGAUCAGGAGGAGUCUGUGUCAAGCCUGAGUGAAACAACAGCAGACACUUCAAAGCGGGAAGGUCCUCAGGAGACAAAGGGAGGCUCACGGAAGAGCACCCCCCUCCCGCCACAGAAAAAUGAGGUAGAAACUGUGCCAACAGAACCACCAGCCUUCUCUGAAACCAAAUCAAUCACAGAACAUUUCUCAAAUGUUGAUGAGUUUGGUAACACGGUCACUGGAACAAGAACAGCUGUCACUGAGCACUCUGAGAGUGUGUCAACCCAGCAGGUUCCUUUUUCCUAUGCUGAUGCAGUCAAAAGAAAAGCCGCAGCAGCGAGACAAACAGAAACCUACGAGGAAGAUGCUACUGAGAACUUGCUGAGGAAUUUCCACAAAACAUGGACAGAGAGUGAAACAGUUUUCAAGAGUCUUGGCUACACUGUUUCUGAGGAGACAACAUCACAAGUUGUGUCACACCAGACGAAGACUGUCUCAUCUGGUUCGAGUUCCGAAGUCAGAGCUCUGCACAGUAUGUCGGAGGAGAACUUAUCCGAUGGAUGCUCUGAUAGUGGACAAAAAAAAGUACCAUAAAUCCUGUUUCUGCUGUGAGCACUGCAGAAAUAAAUUAAGCCUAGGAAAUUACGUCUCUCUCCAUGGACAUUUCUACUGUCUUCACCAUUACAAACAACUCCUCAAGUCCAAAGGAAGCUAUGAUAAUGAACUUGGGCAGAAACCUCCCGCAGGAAGUGGUGGACCUGUCCCCUCAGACGAGAAACUUGAAUAUAGAUAUUCCAUGAGCAGUCUAAGUUCAGUCGACAAAACACACACUGGUGAAAACGAAAUGACAAAAACGUGGGAUGAACGCAAACCACACAGCAACAAAAUAUCUGUAGUUUGGCCCCCACAGGCCGACUCCCCAAAGAAAGCCUUUAAAAUAGAGGAAGACAUUCAGCUAACUAAACCACAGUGGCCCCCUCCAGACAGCUCCCCAACGUCACCCAGACACCAACACAGAAAGGCUGUUCCCAAAAGUGUCCUUUGAAAUAAAGUCGCCCAACUACACAUUUUAGUCAAAGAAAAACAGAGAAGAAAGUUGGUUCAGUUAAGAAGGUUAAGGUUUGGUUGAAGGUCAUGCAGUUAAGUGAUUUAACAGGGAACGUGAAAAGUAAGGAUAUGAAAGGAAAUGUGUCGUGUAUAUACUUGUAAAUGGUGUGCAAGUGGAAAAGCAGGUUGUAAAUGUCAUAGUAAGUACUAGAGAGAUAGAUGUGGGAAAAGUGUGGAAGGUGGAUGUAGACAUAGCAGUGUGCCUUGAACUGACAGGCUUAUCCCAUGUGUAAUUUUUCAUUCACUGCAUUUUAUUUUUACUUCAUGCUGAUGUACCAUUUGUUAAUUUGACACACAAAAUCAAAUCAAAUUAGAAAGAAAAAAGAUCUGUUUUAACUGCAGUAACAAUUGUUAUAUGCCUUGUAGUUAGUUAAACGCAUUAUAGCUACAAACAGUCGCAUGACAAAUUUAAAAUAUGAAUCAAAUAAAAAGCAAUUGAAAAUAAACCUCAAUAUUUUUUUUUAAUCUACAUUUCUGGGUCAUAGGAUUAGUCAGGUUUAGUCUAAACCAGAGGUUUUCAAAGUGGGAGGCGGGCCUCCCCAGGGGGGCUCUGAGCUGUUUCAGGGGAGGCUCGGUGAAUGGAGCUGAAAAAUAUUACACGAUCAAAAGAAGAUCACAUAGAAUAGCCUAAAUGUGUGUGUAAAAAUGUAUUUGGUGUAAUCUGAAAUUGUGUCAAACAGCAAUAUUAUCUCAAUUGUUGAGUGUCUAUGGGAUCAGAUAACAAUCAUAAUACCAUAGGCAUCCAGGAAUUGAGCAAAACUAAACAGGUAGACUAAGGGGAGGGGGAGAGGGAGCCUUUUUCCACAAUUUGUCUGAGGGGAGGCCCACCGUCUGAGACUCUGAAAACAUUUGGUCUAAACCUUACAAUUCCCGCUGCUCUUGCAAAUAGCUCCAUAAAAAACCCAUGAGUGACUUUCAAAUACAAUUCGGUCCAGUUUCUGUUUCAUCCCUUUUAUUUUUUUCUAAAAUAAAUGGGUUUAUUGUACAAUUCACUCAAUUGUUUUGCUACUGUAUGCCGAUUCAUGGAAAUAGUUUCAGUCUGUGUAUUAUUUUGUCAGGGCUUUUAUCUUUCAGCAUAUCAACAUUUUUGCAUUUGCCUUUUUUUAGCACCUGGUGUGCAGACUACUACAUAAAAGCAUCUUGGAAUUAUUUUAUUUAUAAUAUUGAAAGUAUAUAAUAUAAACAAGUGAAUUGGUGAUAAUCAUGUUUGUUUUGGACAUUUGUAUCCUAUUUUGAACAACAAAUAUUUUUGAAUGAAGAAUUUUAUUUUUUAGAUUAGAUGGUUAUACCUUGCUUUGUACAAGAAAAUUCCUGAUACUGUUAUGCUGUCAGGCUGGUUCACUUACUUUAUUGCUGAUCUAAAGGGCAAUAAAAUAUUGAAUUUAA